GACCCGUGAGCCGGUCAUGUCGUGGCGAGGGGGUGUGGGGGAGGGCAAGCGGCACAGGGGGAGUCCCAGCGGCUCCCGUUAAUGAAUUAAUCCGCUAACGAGGGUGGGCUCGGCGGCCCGUGCCCCUCCGGUCCCGGCAGCCGCCUCCUCCCCCGGAGGGGGCAGUGACAGGCAGCGGCUUCUGCCCCAUGUGACUGGGGAGCGGCUGCCCCGUCCAUGGCUUGGCCUCCCCCGGGCAGCAGCAGCUCCGGCUCCCGGGGAGGAGGGGCGGGAGCUGCUGCUCCAUGGGGAGGAAGGGCAGCCCCCGAUCCCCCCAGGCGGAGGGGGGAUCCCGGGCCGCCUCCCCCCCCUCCCCGCUCUGGGCCUUACCUGAGGAGCUGCUGCUCCUCAUCUGCUCCUACCUGGACGCGCAGGCCUUGGGCCGCCUGGCCCAGGUCUGCCGCCGCCUGCGCUUCCUCAGCAGCCGCGAUGUCCUCUGGAGGCGCAUAGCCCGCGGCUGCCUCAACUCCGGCUUCACCCAGCUCGGCACCGAUCUAGCUGCUGGCAUUCCGGUGAAGGAAAGGGUGAAGGUAUCUCAGAACUGGAGGCAUGGACGCUGCCAGAGAGAGACAGUCCUGAAAUGGAAAUGCAAUUUGAUGCCCUGGAUGGAGCUGGAUGGCGAAUAUCUCUACCUGUCUCAAGCGGAAAACAUCCAGGCCUACCAGCUCUGUGCAGAGGGGACAGGUUUGCAGCGUCACCCUCAAGCCAUCUUCUCUGGCCACCAGGAGGACGUGUGUCGCUUUGUUCUUGUCAACUCCCACAUUGUCAGUGGAGGGGGAGAUGGAAGUAUUGUCCUUCACAAGCUCCAUGGCUCCUACAGCAUCAAGUUCUCUGCACAUGAGCAGGAGGUGAACUGUGUGGACUUCCAAGGUGGCCUCGUUGUCAGCGGCUCCCGGGACCGAACAGCGAAGGUUUGGUCCCUGUCCGCGGGCAGAGUUGGUCAGUGUCUACAUACAGUGCAGACAGAGGAUCGAGUGUGGUCCAUUGCUAUCAGCCCAUUAUUAAGCUCAUUUGUGACAGGGACAGCCUGCUGUGGACACAUCUCACCACUGAGAAUCUGGGACCUUGAGAGUGGUCAGCUGUUGACCUGUUUAGGGACCGACUUCCACCGUGGAGCUGGAGUCCUGGAUGUGUUCUAUGAAACGCCCUCCCUUCUCCUUUCUUGUGGGUAUGACACCUACAUCCGCUACUGGGACAUACGGACCAGCACCAGGAAGUGUGUCCAGGAAUGGGAAGAGCCCCAUGACAGUGCCCUGUACUGCAUCAGGAGUGAUAAGAACCAUAUGAUUGCCAGCGGCUCUUCCUACUAUGGUGUGGUGCGCCUCUGGGAUAAGCGGCAGACUCGGUGCCUGCAGAGCUUUCACCUGUCUUCACCCACCAGCAGCCCAGUGUACUGCCUCCGUUUCAGUACCACCCACCUGUACGCUGCCCUGGCGUCAGCCCUGCACGUCCUGGACUUCACGACCUCGUGAAGGGCAUCACAGCUGCCUCUGGUGACCCCCUCAGCAGAGCUGACACUUGGCUCAGGGAAUUGCAGGGCAGGAGAGGUGAGAAAGGCCCACAAAGCUUCUGAAGGGACGUUUUUGCCUGCCAGAAAGCUGCAAUGAAGAAUGCACAAAGGGCCAAACUUUCUCAACCUUACCUGCCUGUUAAGUGAAAAUAUUAGGCCAAUUGUCCUUUACCCUUUUUAUUUUGUGCAAGUCAGGAAUUGUUUUAUUAACUGUGUUACUUUUUUCUUUUUUAUUUUUUUCCUUCCUUUUUUUCCUGUGGAUACAUCAUUUGAGGGGCAAGUUGAGCCAGGAUGCCCCAUCACCUGUGUGCUGGUCAGUUUGAGAUCAGCCAAGCUCUAAGCAUGUGAAGCAAGACCAGGCUGUGUGUGGGGUGAACUGAUUGGAAGGGAAGGGUGCCUGGAGCGAGGAAUUGGUGGAAGGGAAGGGUGCCUGGAGCGAGGCCCACCUUUCUCCUUAACUUGCUGUUCUGACAGCUGCUUGUGUUGUCCUUCACAGCCAAGAGCAACAACUGAGCUAAAAGGCAGAGCCAGCCCUGCUUUCAGUGUGCCUCCCCAAGUUGGCCGUCAGGUCAGGCUAUGCACUUGGCAGGGCUGAAAUGGUCGUGUUUUGCUAAAUAAAACUGAAAGGAAACAAAAGA